AAAACACUAGGACCUCGGGAGCUAGUCAGACGUUAUUGACCCACACUCCACAAGGCGUUGCAUACAACAUAGGGGAUAGAAAGCCAUUAUGUUAUGAAAAGAAGGAGAGAGUGUCCCGUUGCCGUCUAUCUAGUAUUGCACUUCGAAAGCUAUAAAUAUAGCUACGAGUCCUCUUUCCUUUACUGUCGUCUCCCUUUUCUCGGCGCCCCCUUUCGUGGUUAUACUACUCUCUUUACGCUACCUAUAUUUCGCCAUGACUGUCUCUAACAGUACUGAGAACAAUGGUCACGCGACCGCGAGGCGGCCACUCCCAUGUGGCAUCUAUGCCCCCACCAUGACAUUCUUCGACCCUGAGACCGAAGAGCUCGAUAUCCCUACUAUCAAAAAGCAUGCCGAGCGUUUAGCUAGAGCUGGACUAGCUGGUUUGGUCACUAUGGGUUCCAAUGGGGAAGCCAUUCACUGCACGCGCGAUGAAAAGGUAGCAGUGACACGCGCCACCAGAGAAGCUCUGGAUGCCGCAGGUUUUGCUACAACGCCGAUCAUCGUAGGAGCUACGGAAGGCAGCGUAAAGGGGACCAUCGAACUCUGCAAGGCGUCUGCGGCGGUUGGAGGGGAUUACGUGUUGAUAUUACCUCCGAGCUACUUUCGCGCUCAAAUGGAUGAGGAAGCUAUAGUUGGUUAUUUUACAGCCGUAGCAGACGAGAGUCCAUUACCAAUCGUCCUAUACAACUACCCUGGCGCAGUUGCUGGUAUCGACAUGGAUUCGGAUCUCCUCAUCAAGCUUGCCGAGCACCCUAACAUCAUUGGUACGAAGUUCACAUGUGGCAGCACCGGCAAACUUACUCGCGUAGCACUAGCUACCAACGCGAAGACCCCUACCUCGGAAGGUAGCGGGUAUAUGGCGUUUGGUGGCAUAUGCGAUUUCACAGUCCAGACGCUAGUAUCGGGAGGAAGCGGUAUCAUUGCAGGCGGCGCGAAUGUCAUGCCUAAAGUCUGUGUCAAGGUUUGGAACCUAUAUGUCGAAGGGAAGAUAGACGAAGCCAUUGCGCUACAAAAAGUACUUUCGCGAGGCGACUGGUUCUUGACUAAGGCAGCCAUCGCAGGCACAAAACAGGCGAUUCAAUCUUAUUUUGGCUACGGCGGAUACCCCCGGCGCCCGCUCAAGCGUCUUGAGCAGGCCAAAAUCGAGUCUAUAGCGGAGGGAAUAAGAGAAGUGAUGGAAGUCGAAAAGUCACUAUAACGACAAGAAAUGGGUUACCGGGAUCUUGGUCUCAAACCCACAGGGGACUGGCUAUAUGCCGUCGAUAUUAGCCGCGUGGCCGUUAGUCUCCUAUUCUUGGACGGUGCGGGGUUCGAAUCCCGGGGUGACGGGUGAGGCUCUUG